ACUUCCCAAUUUCAGUUCCCCCUCACUAUUUAAUUCACUACACCCCUUACCAUAAACAAAAUCAUAUAAAUCACUCUGCAAAAUUAAUCUGGAUAAUUUUCUCAAUGUCAACAAACAAAAAAAGGUUCAUUACGCGCAGUGUUACAAUAAAACUAGGCUGCAGUAGCAGCUGUAUUCGGCCAAAAUUUUCUAGCAUUUUUCACCCUAAACCUCGUCAACACAAAAAAACCACCGAUGAAAAAACCAAUAAUUACGCGAACGCUGAGAAAACAGUUGAAGGAUUUGGCAGAAUAAUCGGAGAGAGUGUGGCCGUGGAGAAAGAUUCUGACGAUCCUUACGUAGAUUUCAGGCAAUCAAUGUUACAAAUGAUACUUGAAAAGGAGAUUUACUCUAAAGAUGAAUUAAGGGAGCUUCUUAAUUGUUUUUUGCAAUUGAAUUCUCCAUAUUAUCAUGGCAUUAUUGUUAGAGCUUUUACUGAGAUAUGGCAUUGUGUUUUCUCCGUAAAUCUUGGUGUCUCUGGAGCUGACUCUCCGUUCUUAUAGAACAGUGGUGGUGGUGGUGGAGGAGGAGGCAGAGCUAGAAUAUUGGUUACGAGUUUGCUCAAAUUACGUAAGUUUGUUUGAAUUUUAUAUUUGUCUUAAAAAUAAAUUAUUUCAUAUAUAUAAGUUACUAAUUUAGAACUUAGUGAUUCAAAAAGACUCAAAUUUCUAACCAUAUGUUUCAAGUUCAGGCUCAGUGUUAGUUACACAUUUAUGUUUAUGUAACUCAAGACGGAGAUGAUAUCUGAAGCUUAUGAUUAAAAAUUUUAGUUCUUUGGAGUUUCUUACUAAGUUUCUAUAUUGAUAACUUAUGUAUAUUAGAUAACUUUUUAAGACAAAUAUAGAAGUUAGAAUUAAGCUUAUUGAGUUUUGUAGCAAAAUUAGGGAGUAGUAUGAAGAUAUGAGACCCAUAGCUAUUUUUUGGGUUCCAUAAAUAUCUUAUUUUCUUGUAAUUUAUUUUAGCUUUCUACGACUAGGGAGGGUGGGGUCGGGGGUGGGGGUUUAGUUUAUAGUAAAAUGCUGUUUUCACAGCCUUUUUUAUUACAUUUGGGAAUUGAUGGAAGUGAAAAAUUGUGUGAAAGGUGGUAAAAAAUGCUGUGAAAAUUGUACUAAUAUGUUACUUCUAGUAGUACAAUAUGAGGUUUAAUUUUCA